AUUUAUUAUCCUUUUAUGUUGUCCAAGGUCGUGAGGCUGGAGUACGAGGCGUACGAGCCGAUGGCGCUCAAGUCCAUGAAGGCGAUCUGCGAGGAGGUCCGCGACAAAUGGGCCGCCAUACACAAUAUAGCGAUAUACCACAGGUUAGGCAUAGUCCCUUGCAGGGAAUCAUCAGUGGUGAUCGCGGUCAGCAGCCCCCACCGCCGAGAUUCCCUCGACGCCGUCUCCUACUGCAUCGAGCGCCUCAAAGCCAGCGUGCCCAUCUGGAAGAAGGAGGUGUACGAGGGCGACGCGCCCGUCUGGAAGGAGAAUGUCGAAUGCACAGUACCAGACUUGCGGCCUAUACCCAUCCCGGAGCCGAACCCCGCUCCCCCGGUGGACAAGACCCUCGUCCAGAUCAACGUGACCAGCGAGGAGUUGCAGCAGAGAAUCCAGAACUUCAUGGAGAGGAAGCGGGAGCAAGUCAACAUCAGCAAUAUACAUGACUUCAUACCGGACGCUGGCAACACUGAUGCGGGAGACACGGAGACUUGUGCUAGAGUUAGGACGCAGUUUGUUAGGAGAAGCGAUUCGAAAGGACAUUUGAAAAUAAGAAAAGUCCACAACGAAUGGGGUCCCCAAACGGUGUCUACAGCUCAUUUUGAACCAGAGACAACGGAAGCAAGUGGCCUACCGUCCUCCAUAGCCGAGCGAGUGGUGGCCAUAGAGAAUUACCUCAACAUUGGCCCCGUGUCCAAAGACAUUUUCAAACGGCUGAAGGAAAUGGAAGAUAAGAUUGCGUAUUUACAAGCUGUGUCGCCGGAGUAUGCUCAGUUUUGGAAAUCUUCAAAAGACAAAGAUGAUAUAAAGCAAGAGAAAUUAGUGGACUACGCUUUCUCAGCGGAUGACAUCGCAAGGAAGAUUGAACAGCUGGAAAAGGGAAUGAUGUGAUCAUGAAAUUUAAUUUGAAGACAUGAUGUUAGACUUUUCCUAAAGUUAUAGCAGUCGUGGAAGAGCGAGACAGCAUACUAAAAUGCAUAGAGCAGCAUCUCUUUUCCACAACUGCAAUAAAAGUACUGUUAAAGGUGGUGAAGCCCUUUAGUGUUAUUGUAUACAAUACUUAUUUAAGUAAUAAAUAUCAGCUUUUAUUGCA